UUGCCCUAAAUGUGAUCGACUAUUUAACAAAAGGAGGUAGUAGCUUGCAGCCAAUUUUCACGAGGUUUCCCUUCCCCUUUCUUUCUCUCCGCAAUUUAGAAGGCUCCUCAACUCCUCAAGUCUCAAAAUUGCUCAAUGCAUUGCAGCAAACAUCCAAAUCAUUCUCAAUCUCACCUAUAUGGCUAUUAGGGUAUUCAGAUUCCUUCUCGGCUCAAGACCCGAUUUAUCUUACCCUGAUCUUCUUCGACACUUCUCUGCAAAACCAAGAGGCCCAAAACUGAAAUCUCAAAUUCAAUUUCCCCUAGACUUCACGCAAAAAUAUCCCCAAAGGAAUAUAAUUUCAAUUUCCAAUCUACUGAAAAGGUGCGGCUUUCCACUGUCUGAACUUCAUAAUUUCCUGGCAAAGAAUCAAUAUUUGCUGAACUCUGACCCCUCCAGAAUCGAAAAAUCUGUUAACAUUUUGUUUUCCCUGGGGCGCUCUCAAGAGUUCCUUACUUCUGUUAUUUCUAGCUGCCCUAAGGUGCUGGAGUACGAAUAUAUGAAGAAAUGGGAAACUGAAAUUUCUGGAAUUGAGGGUUUUAAUCUUUCUGCAUUGGCUAUUAAGAAUGUUCUCGAAGUGUGUUUGAAGUUUGAAUUAGAACCAGAUGAUGUUUUGGCUUGUUUGAAGUCUUUGCAGGCUUUAGGGUUGAGUGAGGGUACUGUGGUUAGGGUUUUCGAAGAAUUCCCUACGGUAGUAUUGUCUAGUCCGGAUAGAAUUCAGUGUAAAAUUGAAUUCUUGAUGACUAGCAUUGGCUUAGUGAAGACUGAUUUAGGUCGUAUUCUAGGGUCAUACCCAGGCGUAUUAGCAUUUGGCGUUGAGAAUAGGCUUAAACCAUUGCUUAACGAAUUUAAAAGCCUUGAUUUUGGUUUAGAUGAAGUGCAGUUGGAGGUUCUGAGAGAUCCAAGAAUCCUUGGUUUGGGAGUUGGUGAACUUUCUCAUUGCUUGAAACUGCUAAGAAGUUUAAAGUGUAGGGAGUCCAUUAAAGAGGAUAUUUUCCGAGACGGAGCAUUCAGGGCUGGAUACCAAGUGAAGCUGAGAGUUGAUUGCCUGCACAAAUAUGGUUUAACGCACAGAGAUGCAUACAGUGUGAUAUGGAAAGAGCCCAGAACAGUUUUAUAUGAUGUAGAAGAAAUUGAGAGGAAAAUACAUUUCUUAGUACAGACAAUGAAAUUUGAUGUUGAGAGCAUAGUUGAAAUUCCGGAAUAUUUGGGGGUGAAUUUUGAGAAACAGAUUGCUCCUAGGUUUCAGGUUAUUGAGCAUUUGAGAUCAAUAGGCGGGCUUGGUGAUGAGGUGGGGCUGAAGGCCUUGAUUAGGCCUAGUAGAUUGAAAUUUUACAAUCUCUAUGUCAAGCCUUAUCCAGAGUGUGAAAGUAUAUAUGGAAGAGUUGCUAGAAACGUUAGAGGCAAACUGGGACACCCUUCUGGGUUAUGGAAGCUUUUCAAACCGCUGCCAUAUCAGCAAUCUGAAGAAGAUGAUAUGAACAUUAAAUCUUAUAUGGAGUCACUAGAACAGUAGCAUGAGCUCUGUCCUUGAAUAGAAAGUACUAUAUGGGGUGUUUGUUGCGUAGGACUUGAGGAGUGGCUUUUGCUCUGAAUAUGAAGAAUUGUCGCACGUAGCAUUUCAUUAUGAACGUAGGAGGUACACAAGAUCAAAGAAUCACUUCAAGGAACAUCCACAACGUAUAUCCUCAAAUCAUCUGAAACUUUUGCUCUCAAACCUAUCAGAUGUUAAAUGAACGUUUAUUUAUGUUACAUGUUAUCGAUUAAAUACUUCCGCUUAAUUACUUUGGGCUGAUUUAGUUGGUAAAAACAACACGGACUGUUUUUUCUUGAUUAGCAGUUUGGCAUCAAGGUCGGGUCUCCUGUCCACUGGUUGAGCUUAUAACAGUUGUCCUGUAGUAAAAAAUCACUGCAGUUUAGCAAGAAUAGUUUGAAAUGGCAGCUGAAUAUGUAAUUUUUUUGAAAAGGAAAAGCGAUUGGUAAGGGGCCCUUCGGUGUCCUUUUGAGUUUCAUGUUAUUGUUUUUUCACAAAACAAAAAACUGUUUUCAGUUUUUUAUUCCAGGUUUUUUGAAACCGUUUUGC